ACAAUGUCGCUAGAUGGCGAUAAGAUACAAACCAACUAGUCUCCAACUUUCUUUGCCACGAAGAAAAAACGUCGAACCGUAAACUUCCGGCUUUCAAACGCUCGACAAGGAAGCCGAGCUUGGGGGUGUGUGAAACGGUGAAAACAUCACACGAGGAUGGAGUCCCCAGCGAGAGCUGCAGUGCCACACAGAUCCAACAGUCGUACCCCAGGCCAGGAGCCAGACUCCCCACUUCCCCCCAUCCAUGAGCGUCUGGCGUACCUGCGUCCUUCCAGGGAGCUUCUGGAGUUUUACAGACAGAAGAUCGCCGAGUUUGACGGGGAACAUGAGGAGCUGCUGCAGAUGUUGGAGAAGUACAGAAAAAUCACAGAGGAUCAGCAUAAACUUCAGUGGGAGGUACGACAGCGAGAAGAGGAGAUCACUGAGCUGCAAAACGCCCUGAGUGACAUGCAGGUGUAUCUUUUCCAGGAGAGAGAGCAGUCCCUGCGACUGUAUGCAGAAAACGACAGACUAAAGAUCAGAGAGCUGGAGGACAGGAAGAAGAUCCAGCACCUCCUCGCCCUGGUGGGCCCUGAUGCUGGAGAGAUCACGUACUUCCACAGAGAUCCUCCACACAAGGUCACAAUCCCACAGAAGAACCUUGAGUUGCAGGAAAAUCUCAGUCUCAGGCCAACAAACUUAAGACCUCCAACCAAAAAAGAGAGUAGCAGGAGGUCAAAAUUAGCCGAAGGAGUGAAUGGAGAGAGUGCGGAACAGUACAAGGACAACCAGACUUUGUUGCUGCAGGUGGAAGCAUUGCAGGGUCAGUUGGAAGAACAAGCCCGUCUGGCUAAAGAGCAGGUGGAGUCUCUGCAGGAGGACCGGAGGAUCCAGGCAGAGGAGCGACAGGUGCAGCACCAGAGAGACAAGGAGCGCAUCACCGCUCUGACUGACAAACUCCAGCACACCCAGAACCUGCUCUACGAGAGCACCAGGGAUUUCCUACAGCUGAAGUUUGAGACGCGGGCGCAUGAGAAGAGCUGGAUGGUGGAGAAGGACCGGCUGCUGAGGGACCUGGACUCCUGCCACGACCGUCUGAGGAAAACCGGGCGGGGAGGUGAUGAGCCGGGGCGAGGGUGGCCACCGAGCAGCACCACACUGCUGCUCACCCGGCCGCAGCCGGAGUCACAGACGGCACACAAGGAGGAGCUCAAAGCAGUGCAGGAGGAACUAAAGCAAGCCCACCGCCUGGCAGAGAUGUACAGGGAGCAGUGCAUCACUCUGGAGACAGAACUGGCCCAAAUCAGAGAGGAGGGUGACGUGGGCAGGGAGAUAUUCAAGGAGCGUUCAGACAAGAUGGCCAAACGCCUGCAGCUGAUGACUCAGCGUUAUGAAGCGUUGGAGAAGCGGAGGGCGAUGGAGGUGGAGGGCUUCAAGACCGACCUCAAACUGCUCCGACAGAAACUCAAAGAUGUGGAGAAACAGCUCCUCAAGGUUACCCUGAGUGUCGGCCCAAACCAGGAUUUAGCAAUUCUGCACGAGGUUCGCCAGACCAAUUCCAGGACGAAGAAGGUCCAGGGUGAGCUGAUGGCCCUGAAGGCUAAAAUCUACGGACUGGAAAAUGAGCUGCGAUUCAGCUGAAAACAAGCCAAUCUGUGCAUCUGUGUGACGAUCAACCAGACGUGUGUGUGUGUGUGUGUGUGUGUGUGUGUGUGUGUGUGUGUUUUUACUACUGAGUCUUCAUCUGCAUUUUGCCAUGAUUUGACUGAAUGACAUUUCCAUGUUGUACUUUUUAGUCAAUAAAGACGUGUUUUUA